AUGAUCAAUACUGAAGAUAAGUAUGCUUUUGGUAGAGACAAGAAAGAGUCAGAACGAACCAAAGACGAUGUUUUUUCUAUUGCGGACAUAGCCACCGGAACUGGUAUUUGGCUGGAAGACGUUUCAAAUGUGCUAGAUAAAGCACAAGUCCGGUCUUACUGUCAUGGAUUUGAUAUCUCGGCAGAGCAAUUCCCUGAAGAACAGUCUGAGAAGGUCCAAUUUUCCGUCCAGGAUAUAACGGCUCCGUUUCCAAAGGAACAUUGUAAUCGAUAUGACAUAGUCCAUGUGAGACUAGUCGUUGCCGCUAUCAGCGAGUCCGAUUACAGGACUGCAAUCGACAAUAUUUCAGUCAUUCUGAAGCCCGGCGGCUUUCUUCAAUGGGAGGAAAUCGAUGAAGAAACCUAUAUUUCAAAAGAUAACCCCGUUAUCUGGGAGAUCGGACGAUGCUUCGACUUCUCAUUGAAAGCUGAGGGUAAAUGUUUCCAGGCAUCGGCGAAGGUAGCCAGCGAAUGCACUGCGGCCGGCUUCCUGGACGUAUUGCGACUAUUUUAUCGCUCAGACGCGACUGAUGAUCCCCACUUGCGCGCUGAUACCGAGCAAAGACUUGCUGCGAUUAUGAAUACUCUGUAUGCGAGUCUUUUGUUGCGGUCUGGGCAGGUUCCUGAUGAGGAGACAGCAUCGAAACGCGCUGGGGAGUUGAUUGAACAACAUCAUCGUCUUUGUGCGGAAGGGUUGUCUCCGCCUUUGACGGUGAUGAGGGUUGUUGCGCAGAAACCAUUAGAUGCUCCUCUCUGA